UUUCCCAGGCUUCGAGUCACAAACCCUGGGGAACCCGGGCUGCAGGGUCGGAGAGCCAGGUGCUGAGCCCCCCUCUGCAGGUCUAGGGGUCUGUCCCAGCCCAACGCUCCAGCCAUGGGCAGAGCCCCGAUGCCACAGCACGACGCCGGGGAAAGGGAGCUCCCGCCUCAGGGCCCCCCCUGGAGAGCAGGGGGUCCUGCCACGCUGAGGGUCCUGAUCCUCGCCCUGCUCUGGAGGGGGUCCCUGUCCCAGCUGCCCGGAUUUACCCUGACGGUGCCGCAGUCGGUGUCGGUGCAGGAGGGUCUCUGCGUUCUCGUCCCCUGCACCUUCACGUACCCAGCCUCGUACGACACCGACAAUCCCUCGGCCCAGCUCUAUGGAUACUGGUACAAGGAGCCUGCUACUGUGGGCCAGGAUCCUCCCGUGGCCAACAGUGCCACCAGCCUGGGGGUGUCGCAGGAGACCCAGGGCCGGUUCCGGCUGAGGGGGGAUCCAGCGCAUGGUGACUGCUCCCUGCAAAUCAGUGAUGCCCGACGGACGGAUACGGGGAGAUAUUUCUUUAGCUUCGAGAAAGGCCUGUUAGAACACACUUACCGCUCCAAUUCCGAUGGCACUGACCCUGCGCUCACGAUCUCUGUGCCAGGGCUGACAGAGGAGCCAGAGAUCCAGAUCUCGCCGGCGCGGGGGCUGCCAGGGACGCUGCUGGCCGGGGAGCCGGUGACUGUGACCUGCACGGCCCCUGGGCGCUGCUCCGGGCCCCCUCCCCGAGUCACCUGGACGGGGCCGUUCAGCGACACAGCCCGGGACGUCUCAGCCCAGCUGGCGAACGGCACCUGGGCCCACAGCUCCGCGCUCAGCUUCACGCCCGGCCCGGGGGACCACGGCAAAGAGCUCGUCUGCAGCGUCACCUACAGGCCACCACAGGGACCUUCCACCCGCAGAACCGUCCGGCUCCACGUCGGCUGCUCCCUGUCCCAGCCGCCCGGAUUUACCCUGACGGUGCCUCAGUCGGUGUCAGUGCAGGAGGGUCUCUGCGUUCUCGUCCCCUGCAUCUUCACGUACCCAGCCUCGUACGACACCGACAAUCCCUCGGCCCAGCUCUACGGAAAGUGGUACAAGGAGCCUGCUACCAUGGGCCAGGAUCCUCCCGUGGCCAGCAGUGUCUCCAGCCUGAGCCUGUCGCAGGAGACCCGGGGCCGGUUCCGGCUGACGGGGGAUCCAGCGCAUGGCGACUGCUCCCUGCAAAUCAGUGAUGCCCGACGGACGGAUGCAGGGAAAUAUUUCUUUAGCUUCGAGAAAGGACUGUUAGAACACACUUACCGCUCCAAUUCCGAUGGCACUGACCCUGCGCUCGUGAUCUCUGUGCGAGGGCUGACGGAGGAGCCAGAGAUCCAGAUCUCUCCGGCGCGGGGGCUGCCAGGGACGCUGCUGGCCGGGGAGCCGGUGACUGUGACCUGCACAGCCCCUGGGCGCUGCUCCGGGCCCCCUCCCCGAGUCACCUGGACGGGGCCGUUCAGCGACACAUCCCGGAACGUCUCAGCCCAGCUGGCGAACGGCACCUGGGCCCACAGCUCCGCGCUCAGCUUCACGCCCGGCCCGGGGGACCACGGCAAAGAGCUCAUCUGCAGCGUCACCUACAGGCCACCACGGGGACCUUCCACCAACAGAACCGUCCGGCUCCACGUCGGCUGGUCCCUGUCCCAGCCACCUGGAUUUACCCUGACGGUGCCUCAGCAGGUGUCGGUGCAGGAGGGUCUAUGCAUUGUCGUCCCCUGCACCUUCACGUACCCAGCCUCCUACGACACCGACAAUCCCUCGGCCCAGCUCUAUGGAAACUGGUACAAGGAGCCUGCUACUGUGGGCCAGGAUCCUCCCGUGGCCAGCAGUGUCUCCAGCCUGAGGGUGUCGCAGGAGAUCCAGGGCCGGUUCCGGCUGGUGGGGGAUCCAGCGCACAGCGACUGCUCCCUGCAAAUCAGUGAUGCCCGACGGACGGAUGCAGGGAAAUAUUUCUUUAGCAUCGAGAAAGGCCUGUUAGAACACACUUACCGCUCCAAUUCUUUUGGCACUGAUCCUGCGCUCGUGAUCUCCGUGCCAGAGCUGACGGAGGAGCCAGAGAUCCAGAUCUCACCAGCGCGGGGGCUGCCAGGGACGCUGCUGGCCGGGAAGCCGGUGACUGUGACCUGCACGGCCCCUGGGCGCUGCUCCGGGCCCCCUCCCCGAGUCACCUGGAUGGGGCCGUUCAGCGACACAGCCUGGAACAUCUCAGCCCAGCUGGCGAACGGCACCUGGGCCCACAGCUCCGCGCUCAGCUUCACGCCCGGCCUGGGGGACCACGGCAAAGAGCUCGUCUGCAGCGUCACCUACAGGCCACCACAGGGACCUUCCACCCACAGAACAGUCCGGCUCCACGUCGGCUACCCGCCCUGGCCCCCCAACAUCACCGGGACCUUGACCAGGAACGGACGCCCCGACAGCCCCCGGCCGGGGACCGGGCUGAACUCGUCCUGCCAGCACCAGGGGCCCAGCGUCAGCUGCAGCUGCUCCCUGCGCUCCCACCCCCCACCCCAGCUCCAGUGGCAAGUGGACGGGGAGCCCCUGGCUGGGAACGGCUCACGAGGGGGCCCUGCAGGUCAGCUCCUGGGUCCAGGGGGACGAGGCCGUCAGCACCCUGAGCUGGAUGGGGAGCGCUGAUGGAGGCCAUCAGAUCUUUUGCCUCGGUUCCAACCCCCACGGGUUCUAUAUUUUAUCGCUGAGCCCACCGGAAACAGGUGGCCUCACUCGGGCAUUUAUCGAAAUCAGCUGCAAACUCGUCUUCAUGGCGACUGGAUUCUUCCUGGCCUAUUACCUCACCCUGCUCUAUUACAGACGGACACUCUGCAGCUCUCAUGAAAGCAGAAGGAAGGACAGGCCAGGGGUCAGGGAAUCCACAGUGCCCAAGUUCAGCGUGUAGAUCGGGCUGUUCCUCAGCCACCGAAGAGCCGACAGGGAAUUAGAAACUCAAGGGACUGAGGAAUCAGAGAAUGAGACCUCAGCUGGGGGAACGGCCACCCCCGGUGAGGCCAAUGGGCCCCGUUGCCUCCCACAGUGUUUAAUUUGUAUUGAAAGAGAUGCCAGAGCUCAGCUAUGGCUCAAAUUAAGCCCCGGCAGGGCGGCCUGAUACUGGCGGGUGCUGGCCGGGCACCCAGCUCUGAAAGCAGCGCCACCGCCAGCAGCAGCGCAGAAGUCAGGGGGGCCUGGCACAUGGGGUGUUGCCACCCUCCUGCGCUGCUGCUGGGGCUUGUGGUGCCUGGUGCUCGGCAUGUGGCUCAAGGCUUC